CUUCAGUUGUUGCGUUGGUUUGCCUUGGGUCUGGGCUUCUUUGUUGUCGUAGCUAGGGUUUGUGGCGGGGGCGAAGAUUUCGCGCAAGCGAUGGCGGAUUAUCGGCAGCGAUGAGGUUCUUGGCGAUCAUGGUGCUGAUCCCGGGCGAGAAGCUGAGAAAGAGGGAUUCCGAUCAGCAUUUCAAGGCGGUAGGAGGCGGCGGCGGAGGAGGAGCGAUCUUGUAUGGGAUGCGAGCGAGGCGCGCGCUUGUCCUCAUGCUCGCGGUGCUGUGUGGAUUCAUCGUGGUUUUCGGGUGGGAGGGAUCGCCGGCAGCGAGUGUGCUCGGAUCGAGAGCAUGGGGGCCGGGGCUUCGCCUGGAACUUGCUUUGUUUGCGGGGGCACUCGAUCUAUCUAGAUUCUCCAAAUCGAUUGCUGUCUCGCACGAUGGCAGCAUCAUGGAGUUGCUAAAUAGCACGGUUUCAGAGCUUGCUACAAGGAAAGCGUCUCCUGUUAGGGAAGUUUACAAGCAAGUUCCACAGUGUGAUUACUCAAAGGGAAAAUGGUUGAACGACUCGAACAGACCACUUUACUCGGGCGAAAUGUGCUCGCAGUUUCUUUCCUCGAUGUGGGCCUGCAAGGUGCAGGGAAGGAAGGACUUCGAUUACGAGAAGUAUAGAUGGCAACCUCAAGGAUGUGAUCUUCCGCCUUUUGAUGGCCGGGUUUUUCUCUCAAGAUGGAAGAACAAAACAAUCGCUUUCGUGGGGGAUUCUCUGGGCCGGCAACAGUUUCAGUCACUUUUGUGCAUGAUAACGCGAGGCAAAGACGACAUGGUAGCGACCGAUGCUGGACAGGAGUAUGGUUUCGACAAGCGGCCUACGUGGUCUCUCCGACCAAAUGGCUGGGCAUACAGGUUCACGGAAACGAACACCACCAUCCUCUUCUACUGGUCAGCAAGUCUCUGCAAGAUCAAGCUCUACAACGCGACCGAUCCGAGCUCGGCUGCGGCGAUGCAUCUGGACAGGCCGGUGGAUUUCCUCAAGAGGAACGUAGCCCGGAUGGAUCUGGUGAUCCUCAACACGGGACACCACUGGAACUCGGGGAAGAUAAACGGGAACAAGUGGGAGAUGUACGUUGGUGGGAAGAAGGUGGCGCUCAAAGGCUCCCGCUUCGCAUCGGUGAGCUACUCGCACCAGUUUGCGGUGAAGAAGGUGGUGAGGUGGCUGGACAGGCAGAUCGGUGCUAGGCCGGAGCUCCGAGGCGUUCUCACAGCUCUCUCGCCCAGGCACUUCAUGAACGGGGACUGGAACUCGGGUGGGCGCUGCGACAACAUCAAAGCUUUCGGGGUGGACGUCUCAAACAGGCCGUCGAGGGACGUGCUGUCCGAGGAAGCGGUGGCCAACACCAGGGUGGAGCUGUUGAACAUCACGCACCUCUCACAGUUCCGGGGAGAAGCUCACCUCUCGCGAUUCACUGCGAAUGCCAGGCCGGGGAUCCAGGACUGCUUGCACUGGUGCUUGCCGGGAGUUCCAGACGUGUGGAACGAGAUCCUCAACGCGCAAUUGUUGGCCAGGAAGGAGAGAAAAGAGGAGGACGAGGUGCUGUGAUCGAAGAAGAGACUCCUCGUCUUUUUCUUUCUUUGUUUUUUUUUGCAGUAUAGCUCGAGCGACUCGAUUUAUCUUGUUUUUUCGAUGCUAGAGCUUCGUUCUUAAGGUGAUCCACCAUGGUCCUCUGUGAUAAAAGAUUAUCGGGCCUCCUUGGGCGCCCUGGAUA